CACAGUGACAGGAGGAAGACAGACUUGUUGGGAGGCACAGCGGCCAGCUGCCCGAGAAGCCCUGGCCACCCUGCUGGAACAUUUAACAUAAACAUUUUGCAUAAACGUGUUCAAAGGCACGUUCCAGGAGGGAAUAGGCAUGGCUGGAGCCAAGUGUUCCCAAGGAAUCAGUUGAGACCCGGGCCUCGACAAUUCCAGGAAACGGCCGCGAGAGGGCGUACCGCCACCGCUAAACCGCGAGCGCGGAGGGUUCGCGGGCCGGAUCCGACCCCGGACUAACUGGCACCGCACUGGGUGCUCUGUGGCUUCCAGGGGAACAUUGUCACCGGUGACGGCUGGGGACCCUCAUGACCUGUGUUAAUGCCAUCAAGCCAGCCAGCGUGAAGAGUGUGCAUGGCGGACAUGCUUCCUCCAGUGAUCACUGGGAAGAGCCAGGUGGCCAGUGGCUCCUGUCAUAAGAGAGGGGAAAGCCCCGAUGGCUGCCCCUGCAGACGCCACACAGAUAAUGGAGAAGGGGAUGAGAAGGUGAGGUCACGACCAUCACCGGCCCAAGGGACAGGAGAUGACAAGCCUGGCUCCACCAGGGCAGGACAUCACGGUGAAGCAGGUUCUGCCCAGAGUCCCUGGCGACGCGAGGAGAGCAGAACCCCGCCCAGAUCAUCAGUGACGACCACCGAUUGGGGAUGUUGCCAGGACCGCCGGGAGGCCAGGCCCAUAUGCCCAAAACUCUGCCGCCACCUGUCGCCAGAAGCCCGCGCGACCAUUGCAGGCAUCACGUCCAGGCUCUUCAACCACAUGAACGCGCUGGAGGUGGCCCUGCGCGAGCUGCGAUCUCCGGGGGGCGCCUACCUGCCGGUACCCGCCCGCGGCACAGAGCCGACGGCCUCGCAGCGCGCCUGGCUCACCUGGCAGCUGACGCACGCGGGGGCCGCCCUGCAAUGGGCGGUCGCCGCGCUGGACACCCAGCUGUGCGCGCAGCGCUGGCCCGCAGCGCCCCCUGCCGGCGGCCCCGCGACUUUGGCGGGCGCGCACCCCGGGAACGCCGUCUGGUUUCUCUGGGUCCAGUCCGUUCUGCACUGUAGCCAAUCCCCACUGCGCGGCCAACUCCUGGGCAAGAGCUGGGGCGGCACCGUGCACGCCAGGGCGACCAGCUGCCCGCCGUGCCUAGACAGAAGGCCACCCGUCCGGGACACAGUUUCAGGCACGGACCAGAGCUCUGCUCUUCCCGGAUCCAGCUCAGGGAAAAGCGUCCACGUUUCCAGAAGAAGCCUAUGAAGAUGAGGAUUCAGGGUAAAGCACUUAAUUUCUUCUGGUGGCUCAGAUUAUCGGAAGGACGUAAUGAGCCUUUUCACCCCUCCAUGUUUUCCUGUUUUACUUGAAAAAAUAAAACGCCACA